UUUGCUUAAAUCCUCUUUACAAAGCUACAGACUUUGGAGGAUUAAAACUGAAAAAAGAGCAAAGAAUUAGUGAUGGCGAGGAAGAAGCUGAAGUUGCACUUUCUGGGUAACAAAAACCAAACCAAACUUAGGAGUUCAAUUUUGUGAUGAUGCGUUUUUUCAUGGGGAGCAUAAAAAACCACAGUGAAUAGCAGAUCAAGUUCCACGAUCAACGACAAAGCUGCAGCUAUUAAUCACAUGUCUUGCACAAAUCUUUCUUAUUCAAAACAAUUGAGGACCCAAUUCAGUUUAUAUACCUGACUCUUUCAGAUUACCUUCUUUAUUUUUUUUUGUCGUUGUUGUUGUUGUUGUUUCUGUUUUUUGCGUGCGUGUGUGAAACAAGUACAGAAACAUUCCCAGUACGCUAGGAUUCUCUUUGUUAGAGCCAGAAAAGGACCUUGAAUCUGUAUCAAUCAAAGUGGUUUGUUUAUAAUAUCACUCUAGCUAUUUUGGAAGAAGGGACUUAUGCUGCUGAGGAACAGAUCAAGAGCAGUGACAAAGCCACCUUUGAUGGCUGAUCAUAGUUCCCAGCCAUCUCCAAAUCAAAAUUACGCUAGAACUAUCCCUUCUCUAUUUGGUUCACCAAAAUUUAGAGAUUUCACCAACAAGUGUUUCUCAGGAACUGAGGCUUUGAGAAGCCCAACUUCAAUUCUUGACACCAGAGCGUUAUCCCCUUCUGGCUUUGCAAAUCCAUUGUCAUCUGAAAACAAGACACAAACUGUUCCCAUGAAAAUCUCCUCAGAAAACACAAGCUCUUGGGACAAGCCAGAUUCAAAAGGCAUUGUUGGCCUUGCUCUUGUGGGUGCCCUUAAAGAUGACCCAAUUCAUGACAAUUCUGCUCAACCCAACAAAAGAAAUGUCCUCUUUGGAACGCAGCUUAGAGUGAAAAUCCCACCUCUGCCACCUUCUACAUUUUCUCCAUUCGAGUCUGAACCAUGUGUUGAUGAUUUUGGAACCAAAAACAAGGACUCGCAGAAUUCAUCAGGAACUAAUUAUACAAAGGAUUCUCCAAGUGUAGUUGUUACAGGCGUUCUGUCUUUGAGUGAGAUGGAGCUUUCUGAGGAAUAUACAUGCGUCAUAUCCCAUGGACCUAAUCCAAGAACAACCCAUAUAUUCAAUAAUUGUAUUGUGGAGAGCUAUUUUUCACUGCCCCAAAACUCUCUCUGUGAAUCUGCAAAUUUCCUCAGCUUCUGUUACACUUGCAAGAAACAUCUUGAGCAGACAAAGGACAUCUUUAUUUAUAGAGGAGAGAAAGCUUUCUGCAGUAGCGAAUGCCGCCACCGAGAAAUGGUGUUAGAUAGUGUAGAAAGUUUAGAAUCUGAACGUAAUGGUUAUUCUUGACUAUUAACAUCCUUUCCCUUUAAGUGCUUUACAUGCACCGUGGCUGCAAAAGUCCUUCAUUUUGAGGAAGAUAACAAGCAACACAGAAAGUCAAAUCAAAAUCUUACAUUCUUCAUCAUGACUCUGUUGUAUUUAAUUGAACUUGUUAAGGUCUUCUUCUUUUUUUCCUUUUUGAAGUCUUUUGUUUUGUU